GGUUUUUGUGUGAGGAAUGAAUGGGUGGGAGGUUUUUUUUUUUGGGAUAUUGUUAUUUAGAUGUAGACGCAUUUCUGGCUUCACUAUACAUACAUACAGACAUGAUAUAGCGUGCAGUUUACGACAGGCAAUACGAGGUGGAUGUGACAUGUUGCGAGGGAUCCAGAAAAGACGAUUCUCCGUCCCAACUUCGAUCCGCCCCCUCGAUUGUGAUUCUGUUUUAAAAAAAAAAUUUCAUUUGGUGGGGAUUGAAG